AUGCGUUCUCAGAGCCUGGGAGAUAUCCAAGACGUGGCGACUGAGGAAAGUCAAAGAGUCCACUCCGCCCUGGCACCUGAGAAUGAGGUGCCACUUCGCCCAACUACAUGGUUCCCAGAAGGAAAGAUCACCUCUGUAACUCUCCCCAAAGGACGGACUCGCAGGCUAUACUUCACACUAAAGAAGAAGGCUCCGGCGAUGUCGGUGACUGUCAGCCCCUGUGACCUCCCCAUCGAAUGGAGCUUGUCAGCCCGCACCCUGAAGGACAAACCCCUCAAGAGCCUGCAGUGGAGCACCAAAAAGAGUAUGCCCGAGGUGUGGUGGCGAGGUCCUGGGAUUGAAGAAAAAAUGCACAGCUUCACAGGCAAUGCAGUUGACACCUACAGGGGUCCUUCACAUCCCCAGGCUUCCAUCUACAUCCUGAGGCUGCGCUCCAAACAGCAGAACAGCAGAGCUACAGUGUACCUCCAUGAAGGCCUGGGCCCCUCAGGCGCCUUCCCUCUGCUCCCAGCUGACCCUCGAGUUCACACAUUAGGCGUAGGCAUGACCAGUGUCACCCUCAGCUGGGCUCCCAGUGCCUCGAUAACCAGUCUCCCACAGACGCAGCAAAGCUAUGACUACUGUGUCCUCGUCAACUCUCAGCAAAACUUGCCCAGCGUUUGUGCUGCACAAGAAAGCAUAGGGAAAAAGAAAGACCAGAAACAAGAAAAGAAGGAAAGGAGGAGAAGAGUGACAGUGUGGCCAAUUUUGAAAGAGUGGUGGUGGCAGCAGUGGGACUCUUAUCCUGAACCCCAGAGUCCACCUUCGUCCCUUGCUGAUGAUAAUGCUGAUCUCCAGUGUGUGUGUCAGGGGACAGAGAGUGUUUGCACCGUCUCUGAGCUCCUGCCUGACACCCAGUAUUACUUCGACGUCUUUGUAAUCGACAGGCUGAACGGGACCAGCAUGGCGUACAAGGGGACAUUUGCUCGAACGCACGAGGAGGCUCGGCCGGAGAUUAUCACGCUAAGAGAAGGGGAGCUGAGGUGGGUGACCUUCCGUGGCAGAGGCUCUAACUCAGAGCAGUUCUUCAGUUUCCGUCCUCGGGGCUGGCAGCAGAGUGGCCUCCUCACCUUGCAGAGCUGCGGUGGAGGUGAAAAGGUUAAGGUCACCGUGUCCAGUAAAGGUCAGGUUUUGACCUCCCAGGCAGUGGGGGGAGAUUUAGUGCACAUUUGGCUCCAGGGAAGUUCGUCCUAUCUCAUCCACUUGGAGAGAGAAGGAACUACUACAGGCCAGAUUUCUGCUGCUGCAGACCCAGCUCUACCAGGAGGUCUGACGGCUUCAGUCAAAAUGCAGACCUCCUCAGCCUACCACCGCAGAGGGGUCCCAUCUCUGCCCUCAACCUUGCAGAUAAAAUCCUUCAACCGGCUGCGUGGUUGCAACAGUGUCACCCUGGCGUGGAUGGGCACAGAGGAAAGAAGCCUGUACUGCGUGUACCGCAGAAAGCUGGGAGACCGUGAAGCAGAGGCAGGGGGAGCAUCAGCUCUAACUGCACCCUGUCUGGGGCCAGAGUCCCGCUCUGACACCGAGAGGGUUCUCUGCAAGUAUUUCCAGGAGCUGAAUCCUCGGCGGGCCGUCACUACAGCUGUGAUCGGGGGCCUGAAACCAGGGAUGGCCUACGUGUUUGAUGUCUAUCUAAUGAGACGCUGGGGGAUCCCUAUCAAGUAUGCCAGCAAGAUGGUGAAGACCAGAAAGGAAUGCUGA